UACAACAUUCCCACCCGGAAGAAGGGCAGAAACCUUGUCAACUUUUCCCCUUUUCCUGCUGAAGUGCGUGUACGGAUUAAUCAGCUUUAUUUAUUCAGCUACCUGAAGUUCAGAGACAGAACAUGUGGCCAAAUCAAGGCCCUCCAACAGUUCCCUUAAAUCCUACAAUUCCUCCUCCUACUCAGCCGGUUUUACCAAACGCAGGCUACCCUUAUAAUCAGAAUCCUGUCUAUCCACCUGGCGUGAAUCCUGCCAUACCUCCAACAACUAUGCCAUACGUGGCUGGAGGGCAGAACCCGUAUCCUAUGGGUCCUGCUGGACCUUAUGCUUCUCAUCCCGGGACAGUGUAUCCAGGCCCCUAUCCACAGCCAGGUGGCUGCUAUCCCAUGCCAGGAAUACCGGGUGCAAUUGGUGGAGCAGGAAUAGCUGUUGCUGACCACAAAAUGCAUAAGAAAAUGAAGAAAGCAAAGAAGAAGGCCCACAAAGCUCACAAAGCUCACAAACACAUGAAGCAUGGCAAGCAUUCGUCCAGCAGCAGCAGCAGCAGUGACUCUGACUGAAGAGAACACACACACACACACACACACACACACACACACACACACACACACAUAUACACAUGAUGUGUCAUCCAGGGCACUAAGUUGGGACAUUCAACUCAAAUGUGUCUUGUCUGCCACAUUUUCAAGCAUGCACAUUAUUUAAUCAAAUGAUGUUAAAAAAAAAAUUCAGUGUAUACUUUAAAAUUCUAUAUAUGACAUUAUUGCUUGAUUUAAUAUAUAAAUAUAAAUUGUCCCUUGAUUUUGGAUAUUAGCAAGGUUCUAAAAUAGAUUUUAGAAUAUCUACUUUGUUUCUAAUUGUUUUUCCCCAGUGUUAGAUUUGAGAACAUUGUAUCUCUUUUAAAUUUAGAAAUGAAAAUAAAAAAUUCUCAAAUUUAUGAAGUGAUGUGAAGCCACAACUAAUAUAUUGCUAUUCAAAUAUUAUAAAAGUGUACUUCCUUUUGUAUUAUACAUGAAUGUGAUGAUGUAUAAUAUUUAUGCUUACAAUAUACACUAACAAAGGAAAUUAAAGAUAUCCUGGGAUUGAGCUCAAUAUAAAUACCUCUACCAAUAUC